AGCACAUGGCCGAUCGCCAGCUCCGCGACACCUGACAACACUAUCUCCAGCGACCCCUGGGACCAUGGAGGGAGUCACCAUGCCGCAGGAGCGCACCUUUCACAGCCCCUUCCUGGAGCUGGAGGACCUGACCGAGGCUGACUUCAUGAGCAAUGUGCACUUCUCAGAUGCUCUGGAUGAAUUCUCCAAUGAACUCUUCAACAGUUUUUUUGAUGACCCUCCUCUGCUGGACCGGGAUGCCUUACUGGAUAUGGAGGUGGAGAGUCCGGCUCCUCCCAUACAGGUUGAGCACAGCUAUUCUUUGAGUGAAGACUCUGCCCCACAGAGUCCCGCCCUGACCAUUAAAGAGGAAGAUGAAGACAGCCCCAGUGAACCUGGGAGUGUCGUGUGGGCCUUGGAGCAUGAGCUGUGUUCAUUACUGGUGAAACAGGAACAGAACAUGUUAUCACAGGCAGAGCCCACAUACCCAAGUGCACCUCUGGAACAAGCGCUGGGGCCAGGGGUUCUGCAGAAUGACGAGAAUGUCUCCAGGACACCAAUAUCACAUAUAAAGGUAGAACCAGGAGUACCAAACCAUCUGCUGAAUAUUCCACAAGAUGUACUGGGGGUUAUGCCUCUAACCCCACCCAGUAGCCAUAGCAGUGAUAGCGACGGAUCUCAAAGUCCGCGAUCUCUUCCGCCUCCCAGCCCUGCCCGUCCAAUGGCCCGAUCCUCUCAUGCCAUCUCAUCAUCACCGCUCCUUACUGCCCCUCAUAAACUCCAAGGGACAUCGGGACCUUUAAUGCUGACGGAAGAAGAAAGACGGACAUUAGUCGCUGAGGGCUACCCCAUUCCCAACAAACUCCCGCUCACUAAAACCGAGGAGAAAGCACUGAAAAGAGUGCGCAGGAAAAUAAAAAACAAGAUCUCAGCCCAGGAAAGCCGGAGGAAGAAGAAAGAAUACGUGGAGUGCCUGGAAAAGAAGGUAGAAUCCUUCACAUCACAGAACAGUGAGUUGUGGAAAAAGGUGGAGAGCUUGGAAAAUGCCAACAGGUCUCUGCUACAGCAGCUACAAAAGCUGCAGGCUUUGGUGACAGGGAAGGUGCCACGACCAUGCAAACUUGCUGCAACACAGACCGGAACGUGCCUAAUGGUUGUGGUACUGUGUUUUAUUCUUGCCUUGGGGUCCAUGAUUCCAUCCUUCCCAGAAUUCUCUUCGGGGUCUCAGACAGUGAAGUCGGCCCCUCCUUUGGCACCUGACUUGUAUACCCUCAGCCAGGUCCGCUCCCGAAAUCUCUUGUCCUACGACGAAGGGACCGGAGUUUCAGAAGAGGAUCCCAGCCCAGGUCUGGGAUUUCACGGAAGGGGAAGCUGGGCUGCCGACACAGCAGUUCUCAGCAAACAUCUCCAAAACACGGCUCAUGAAAGGGACAAAUAUCUUGCCGAAACAGAACGCAAGAACCGGACACAUAGAGAGUUCACAAGACAAAAAGAGGGGGGCACAGGCUCCAAGUUCUUGUAGGAUUGGGUUUAAAGGGAGAGGGAUCGAGAGCUGAGCACUACACAUGGGGGGAGCAGGAAAGAAAAUACGCCGGGAUUUCUGGAAUCAAAGACUGACGAAUACAUUGCAAUCCCGGCACAACUCCACUACAGCCCAGUACAUAUAUAUGCCUGCAGCAACAUGGCAUCUUGGUAAUGUGUGCAGAGACUUGGUAAUCGUGGAGCUGUCACAGCUGCCUUGUGUGUGCCCGAGGCAAAAAGUAUGGAGGAAGAGAUUCACUGCUGCUUCUUCCAUACUCCAAGCAGUGUGUAUCUGCCAACUUUUCCUCCCUUUUCGGAUGACAUCAUCAAAAAACUUUAAAGGAAAGGUAGUUCCUAUUUUUACCGAAAUAGUUGCACCCCCCUAUUUGUUGCCAGUAAAUGACUUCUGACUGCCACGGUUGGAACGCCUUCUUCCCCCCCUGCUCUGCCCCUUGUUUUAGCAGCCUGGAGCCCUCUCUCAGCCCUCUCUGCCCCCUGUACAGACACCAACCUGGAUCUCCGGAGAAGAAUGGUUACUUAAAACGCAAGCUUUGUACGCACUGGAGGCUCCUUACAUCAAUUUAUACGCUUCUUCCUCUCAUCUCCGCUCUGUGCCUGCUUCAGUCAAGCAAAAUCAUAAGAAUAAAAAAAAAAUUAGCAUCAGCA